AUAUUCCAUGUUAGAGAAUGGAUCUCUCCACAUCCACUCAGCGCACGUUACUGACACAGGAAGAUAUGUGUGUAUGGCAACCAAUGCAGCUGGCACUGAGCGCAAACGAAUUGAUCUGCAGGUUCUUGUUCCUCCAACUAUUGCUCCUGGACAUACGAAUAUUACAGUUAUUGUGAAUGUGCAGACCACUUUGCCUUGUGAAACCACUGGAAUUCCCAGACCAGCAAUUAGCUGGAAAAAGAAUGAGCACCUGCUUAAUGUUGACCAGAACCAGAAUACGUACAGACUUCUGUCUUCAGGUUCCUUAGUAAUCAUUUCUCCCACUGUGGAUGACACUGCUGUCUAUGAGUGCUCUGCAUCAAAUGAAGCAGGAGAAGAUCAAAGAGCAGUUGAGCUCACAGUCCAAGUGCCCCCAUCCAUAGCAGAUGAAGCCACAGACCUUUUGGUAACAAAGCUGUCUCCAGUAGUAAUUUCCUGCACCGCAUCAGGGGUUCCUGUCCCCUCAGUUCAUUGGACCAAAAAUGGCAUGAAGUUGCUUCCCAGAGGAGAUGGCUACCGGAUUCUCUCUUCAGGUGCUGUUGAAAUCCCUGCUGCUCAGCUGGCGCACGCAGGCCGCUACACCUGCGUGGCCCGGAAUGCAGCCGGCUCGGCUCAUAGGCAUGCCACGCUUCGCAUUCAGGAACCACCAGUUAUCCACCCGCAGCCAGGGGCACUUGAUGUCAUUGUGAACAAUCCCAUUCUGCUACCAUGUGAAGCGACGGGUACACCUCGACCCAUAAUAACAUGGCAAAAGGAGGGCAUCAAUGUAAUCACAACAGGUAACAGUUACAUGGUUCUUCCCAGUGGCAGUUUACAGAUUGCAAAAUCAACUGUUGAAGAUGCUGGCACUUACAUGUGUGUUGCUCAAAAUCCAGCUGGCACCGCACUGGGGAAAAUCAAACUGAAAGUUCAAGUUCCUCCUAUUAUCAAGUCCUACAACAAGGAAUACGUUGUCCCUGUUGAUCAACCUGUCACUCUGCAAUGCGAGGCUGAAGGCUACCCUGGGCCGGAGAUCAGCUGGCAUAAAGAUGGACAGCAAAUAUCGGAGUCCAUUCGAAGAAGAAUUCUUAGCAGCGGUGCGCUGCAGAUCGUGUUUGUGCAGCCCAGCGACACCGGCCGUUACACCUGCAUAGCAGCAAACCCGGCGGGGUCCAGCAGCUCCAGCACGGAGCUCACCGUGCACAUUCCCCCCAAGAUCCACAACACAGAGGCACAGUACACGGUCACAGAGGAUUCCCAGGCUGUUCUACCCUGUGUGGCUGAUGGGAUUCCAACACCAACAAUAAUCUGGAAGAAGGACAAUACGCUGUUAACAGAGAUAGUAGGAAAAUACCAGGCUGCACCAGAUGGAGACCUCAUUGUGGACAAUGUUGUUCCUGAAGAUUCUGGCAGUUACACCUGUAUUGCCAACAACGCUGCAGGAGAAGACACACACACUGUCACCCUGAUAGUUCAUGUGCUUCCAGCUUUUACUGAACUUCCUGGAGAUGUAGCUCUGACCAAAGGAGAACAGCUCAGAUUAACUUGCAAAGCAACUGGGAUACCAGUACCAAAAAUAACAUGGACCUUUAACAAUAACAUCAUUCCAGCACAGUACGAUGAUGUAAACGGACACAGCGAACUUGUCAUUGAAAAGGUGUCCAAAGAUGAUUCUGGUACCUACGUGUGCACAGCAGAAAACACGGUCGGCUCGAUCAAAGCUAUCGGGUUUGUGUAUGUCAAAGAGCCUCCAGUCUUCAAAGGGGAUUACCACUCUAGCCGAAUUGAGCCCUUGGGUGGCAAUGCCGUGUUGAAUUGUGAAGUCCGAGGAGAUCCGCCUCCAACCAUCCAGUGGAGCAAGAAAGGAGUCGGUGUUCAGAUUAGCAACAGGAUCCGACAGCUCAACAAUGGUUCUCUCGCUAUCUACGGCACUGUGAAUGAAGAUGCUGGUGACUACAAGUGCGUGGCUACCAAUGACGCUGGUGUGGUGGAACGCAGGCUGACACUGACGCUGCAGAGUCCUCCAGUCAUUAGUGUUGAACCAGUCGAGACAGUUGUUGAAGCUGGUGCCACGGCCAUGCUGAACUGCCAGGCGAGCGGAGAGCCUCCUCCAGCCAUCGGAUGGUCCCGCCAGGGUCGUCCGGUUGUGGGCGACGAGAGGGUGACCGUCCUGUCUAACGGCUCCUUGCGUAUUGUGGCCGCACAGAAGGAAGACACGUCUGAAUAUGAGUGUGUAGCGAGGAAUCUCAUGGGAUCUGUUCUUCUUAGAGUACCGCUGACUGUCCAGGUGCAUGGUGGAUUUUCGGAGUGGCUUGAAUGGCGAGCUUGCAGUGUGACCUGUGGGCAAGGCGUUCAGGAGCGAGUCCGUCAGUGCAACAGCCCUCUCCCGGCAAACGGCGGGCGGUGGUGUGAGGGGCCCAGUACAGACGUACGCAGCUGCCACAACAAACCGUGCCCAGUGGAUGGCAACUGGUCAGAGUGGGGGCUAUGGGAGGAGUGUUCCAAGAGCUGUGGACAAGGUAACAGGACCAGAACCAGAACCUGCAGUGACCCAGCAGCUCAGCACGGUGGGAAGCCCUGUGGUGGCAGUGCUGUGGAUUUGGUCAUGUGUAAUGUUAGGCCUUGCCCAGUUGAUGGCGAGUGGAGCUCCUGGCAGCCGUGGGGUCCGUGCAGCGAGACCUGCGGGAAGGGGACUCAGACGCGGCUGAGGCUCUGCAAUAACCCCCCGCCGUCCCACGCCGGCUCGCCCUGCCAGGGGGCUGACGUGCAGAUGCAGGUUUGCAACAAGAGGCGCUGCCCAGUGGACGGGAAGUGGGCCACGUGGAGCAGCUGGAGUGCCUGCACCGUGUCCUGCGGAGGAGGCAGCAGGCAGAGAACGCGCCACUGCUCAGACCCAGCCCCGCAAUUUGGGGGUCACAGAUGUGAAGGAAACGACAUCCACAUUGAUUUUUGCAACAGCGAUCCUUGUCCAAUUCAUGGCAACUGGGGCCCAUGGAGUAGUUGGGGAACUUGCAGUCGAACGUGCAACGGAGGCCAGAUGAGGCGGUACCGGACCUGUGACAAUCCUCGCCCCGCCAGCGGUGGAAGGGCCUGUGCAGGGGCGGACAUGCAGGUCCAGAGAUGCAGCGCUGAGCUGUGCCCUGUGGAUGGAAACUGGGGGCAGUGGCAGACAUGGAGCCAGUGCUCCACUUCUUGUGGAGGAGGAGAGCAGACCCGAAUCCGCCUGUGCAGCAAUCCAGCCCCGUUAAAUCAUGGCCGUCCUUGUCCUGGAGACUCCUCCCAGAUAUCCAGGUGCAACACCCGAGCCUGUCCUGGUGGCCCUUCACGUGCCAAGGGCAGCAUCAUCGGAAAUAUCAACGAUAUCGAAUUUGGAGUUGCUUUUCUGAACGCCACAGUAACAAACAGCCCUGACUCUGAAACUCAAGUGAUACAAGCAAAGAUCACAAACGUCCCUCGGAGCAUUGGUCCUGCGAUGAGAAAGCUUGUUUCUGUGCUCAGCCCCAUUUAUUGGACAACUGCAAAAGAAAUCGGAGAGGCAAUGAAUGGGUUUACGCUUACUGAUGCCAUCUUCAAGAGAGAAACUCAAGUGGAGUUUGCAACUGGUGAGAUUCUGCGGAUGACCCACAUCGCCCGGGGUGUGGACUCGGAGGGAGCCUUGCUGCUGGAUGUCGUUGUGAGCGGCCAUGUGCUGCAGCUCCAGUCAGCAGCUGAUGUCAACGUGAAGGAUUACACAGAAGACUACAUUCAGACUGGCCCUGGGCAGCUCUAUGCCCACUCCACUCGUCUCUUCACCGUUGAUGGAGUUAGUGUUCCCUACAUGUGGAACCACACGAUCACCUAUGACCACAGUAAAGGGAAGAUGCCGUUCUUGGUGCAAACACUCCACGCUUCCUCUAUUGCAGCAGAGUACGACCCACUGGAAGAAGCGGUGGCUUUUAAAAUCCACGCUUCCAUUGCAAAAGGAGAUCGCAGCAAUCAGUGCCCUGCCGGGUUUGGCUUGGACUCAACUGGGCCGUACUGUUCAGAUGAGGAUGAAUGUGCUGUGCGAAAUCCUUGUUCCCACACCUGCCAUAACGCCGUAGGGUCUUACUACUGCUCCUGUCCGAAAGGCCUCUCCAUCUCUGCGGAUGGCAGAACGUGUCAGGAUAUUGAUGAGUGUGCAUUAGGUGGCCAUGCCUGCCACGCUGGCCAGGACUGUGAAAACACCAUUGGCUCGUACCGCUGCGUGGUCAGGUGUGGGAGCGGGUUCAGGAGGACAGCUGAUGGACUUAGCUGCCAAGAUGUCAAUGAGUGCCAAGAGUCCAACUCCUGUCACCAGCGCUGCUUCAAUACUAUAGGAAGCUUCCACUGUGGUUGUGACCCAGGAUACCAGCUGAAGGGCAGAAAAUGCAUGGAUAUAAACGAGUGCAGGCAGAAUGUAUGCAGGCCUGAUCAGCUCUGCAAAAACACCCGUGGUGGCUAUAAGUGCAUUGAUCUGUGUCCCAGUGGAAUGAGCAAAGCAGAAAAUGGCACUUGCUUUGACAUCGACGAAUGCCGGGAUGGGACCCACCAGUGCCGCUAUAACCAGAUCUGUGAGAACACUCGAGGAAGUUACCGCUGUGUGUGUCCGCGGGGCUAUCGGUCCCAGGGAGUUGGGAGACCUUGUGUGGACAUUAAUGAAUGUGACCAAGUGCCUAAGCCCUGUGCAUUUCAAUGCACCAACGCCCCCGGCAGCUUCACGUGUAUCUGUCCGCCCGGGCAACAUUUAUUAGGUGAUGGGAAAUCUUGCGCUGGACUGGAGAGAUUGCCAAAUUACGGUGCCUAUUACAAUAGCUAUAGCUAUGCUCAAUUCUCCCCUGUGAGAGACAACUAUCAACCGCAACAGUAUUACAGGCACUCCUCAAAUCUCUACAGCUCCUUCUCAGAGUAUAGGAACAGCAGAAUACCUUUCUCCAGGACUAGAAGGAACGUUAGAGAAACUUGUCCUGAAGGCUAUGAGGCAAGAAAUGGCAGAUGUGUAGACAUCGAUGAAUGUGAAACCAGAGACACCUGCCAGCACGAGUGCAGAAACACCCCGGGAAGUUACCAGUGUUCUUGUCCCUCUGGUUAUCGCCUCAUGCCCAACGGCAAGACCUGCCAAGAUAUUGAUGAGUGCCUGGAACAGAACAUUAAUUGUGGAUCAAAUCAGAUGUGUUUCAACAUGAGAGGGAGCUACGAGUGCUUAGACACACCUUGCCCACCAAACUACCAGCGAGAGCCUCUUUCUGGGUUCUGUCUCAAAAACUGCCCAGCCAACGACUUGGAGUGUGAUCUGAGUACCUACGCCUUGGAAUACAAGCUCCUUUCCCUCCCCUUCGGCAUAGCGGCCGGUCAGGAUUUAAUCCGGCUGGUUGCCUAUACGCAUGACCAAGUCGUGCACCCAAGGACAACUUUCUUAAUGGCAGACGAGGACCCAACCAUCCCCUUUGCCCUGAGAGAUGAGAACUUGAAAGGAGUCGUGUUUACCACCCGAGCGCUGCGAGAGCCGAAGACGUACCGCAUGGGAGUCAGAGCCUUGUCCUACAGCGUCGAUGGCAGCAUCGAAUACCGGACAACGUUCAUUGUUUAUGUAGCCGUGUCAGCCUAUCCCUAUUAG